CAAACGAGGCUACUGCCACGUUUGACCACAGGGAGAGCAGGGGAAAAAGUCGAAGGAACAUCCGCCAUUUAGCUACAAAUUUGGAUACUCAAAUUCAACAUCUAAACAGCCAUGCCACUGAGACUAGAUGUAAAGCGAAGACUGUCUGCAAGGUCAGACAGGGUGAAGUGUGUUGAUCUUCAUCCAAAUGAACCAUGGUUAUUAGCAAGUUUGUAUAAUGGCAAUGUACAUGUGUGGAAUCAUGAGUCACAAACUCUCAUUAAAUCAUUUGAGGUUACUGACUUGCCAGUGCGUGCUGGAAAGUUUGUCCCCAGGAAAAACUGGGUUGUUACAGGAUCAGAUGACAUGAUGAUCAAGGUUUUCAACUACAACACACUUGAAAAGGUGUAUGGCUUUGAAGCACAUUCAGACUAUCUGAGGUCACUACAAGUCCAUCCUUCCCAGCCAUAUCUUCUCAGUAGCAGUGAUGACAUGACAAUAAAACUUUGGGAUUGGGACAAGAAAUGGACUUGCAUUCAGGUCUUCGAAGGUCACACUCAUUAUGUAAUGCAGAUUGUCAUUAAUCCAAAAGACAACAACCAAUUUGCAAGUGCUUCUCUUGAUCGAACAAUCAAGGUUUGGCAACUCGGGUCUGGCUCUCCAAAUUUUACCCUUGAAGGACACGAAAAGGGAGUGAACUGCCUGGACUAUUUCCACGGUGGUGACAAACCCCAUCUUGUCUCUGGUGCUGAUGAUAGAACUGUGAAAAUAUGGGAUUACCAGAACAAAACAUGUGUUCAGACAUUGGAAGGGCACGCUCAAAAUGUCUCGUCGGUGUUGUUUCACCCUGCUUUGCCUGUCAUCCUGUCCGGCUCAGAAGAUGGUACUGUGCGCAUUUGGCAUGCUAAUACUUACCGUCUUGAGAGCACCCUAAACUAUGGAAUGGACCGUGUUUGGGGAAUGUCAAGUAUUAAAGGAUCAAACAAUGUUGCCAUUGGGUAUGACGAGGGAAGCAUAAUGGUCAAGCUUGGACGCGAAGAGCCGGCAAUGUCAAUGGAUAGUGCUGGAAAGAUCAUAUUUGCAAAGCACAGCGAAAUAUUGCAAGCAAACCUUAAGAAUUUGGGAGACGCCGAAGUGAACGAUGGCGAGCGUCUUCCUCUAGCUGUCAAAGAAAUGGGCUCCUGUGAAAUUUACCCCCAAAAUCUGGCGCAUAAUCCUAAUGGUCGAUUUGUUGUUGUGUGCGGUGAUGGGGAGUACAUUAUCUACACUGCCAUGGCGUUGAGAAAUAAAAGUUUUGGAGCAGCUCAGGAGUUCGUGUGGUCUGCAGAUUCUUCAGAAUACGCAGCAAGAGACGGGAGCAAAGUCAAGCUUUUUAAAAAUUUCAAGGAGCGAAAAUCUUUCAAGCCUGAUUUUGGAGCUGAAAAUAUUUAUGGUGGAGCAUUGCUUGGUGUGAGGUCUCCGACUGGUUUAUCUUUCCAUGAUUGGGAAACUACUGAGCUUGUCAGGAGAAUUGAAAUCCAGCCAAAGAACGUUUUCUGGUCAGACAGUGGUGAACUUUGCUGUAUUGCAACGGAAGAUUCUUAUUUCAUUCUCAAAUACAGCCAAGAUGCUGUUACAAGAGCUAUGGAAAAUAAGGACGAGCUAAUGACAGAAGAUGGAGUAGAAGAUGCCUUUGAGCCACUAUCGCAAAUAGAAGAAGUUAUCAAGACCGGUUUAUGGGUUGGAGAUUGCUUCAUUUACACAAAUUCAGUGAAUCGCCUGAACUAUUUUGUUGGUGGGGAGAUUGUCACAAUUUCUCACUUGGAUCGUGACAUGUAUUUGCUUGGCUACAUCCCGAAAGACAACCGCCUCUAUUUAGCUGAUAAAGAGUUGAAUGUUGUCAGCUACUCCUUGCUCCUUUCGGUGCUUGAGUACCAAACUGCUGUCAUGAGAAAAGAUUUCGACACUGCUAAAGAAGUUCUUCCCACGAUCCCAAAAGAGCAGCGAAACCGUGUGGCACAUUUUCUUGAGAAACAAGGUUUUAAGCAACAAGCCUUGCUUGUGUCUUGUGAUCCAGAGCAUAGAUUCGAGCUUGCCUUGCAAAUUGGUGAUUUAAAAGUCGCUUAUGAAAUUGCCGUGGAGUCGGACUCAGAGCAAAAGUGGAAGCAAAUAGCGGAGCUUGCAAUCCAGCAAUGUGAAUUUCCGUUGGCCCAAGAAUGUCUUUUUAAGGCCCAGGACUAUGCAGCGUUGCUUUUGCUGGCUAGCUGUUCCUGUGAUGGCAACAUUAUGCUUAAGUUGGCAACAGAAGCCGAAAAAUGCGGAAAAUAUAAUGUAGCAUAUCUGGCUUACUUUUCUUUGGGAAGAUUGGAAGACUGUUUAGAGCUCCUGUGCAAGUCCAAUCGCCUUCCAGAGGCUGCCUUCCUUGCUCGCACUUAUCUCCCAAGUCAUGUUUCAAGAGUUGUCCAAAUGUGGAAAGAAAAUUUGGCACAAACAAAUAAGAAAGCUGCCGAUUCUUUAGCCGACCCGACCCAGUAUGAGAAUUUAUUUCCAGACCUCCAGCAAGCCAUCAAAGCAGAAGAGUUUUUGAAAAAGGAAAGAAUGAUCCUCCGACCUGCUUCAGAGUAUAGGAAUCUUCCGAGCAACUUGGACAGGAACGUUUUUGAAGAAUUAAGGCAAGCAGAAGAGAGUGGUGUAGACAUUGAUGAGAUCGCUGAUGCAGCUGAAAAUCUAAGGCUGGCAGAUGCACCAGCUGAAGAACCGGAUAGCAAGCCAUCGGAAGAAAUUCAGCGCCCGGCCGAAACAGCACCUGAUGCGGACAAAAAAGAGAAACCAGAAGCUGAAGCCGAUACCGGAAAGGAAAAAGAUGGCAAUCGAUCUGAAAGUCCGGAUUUGGACAUCGAUAGUGAUUUAGAUAAUUUCGAAGAGGUGGAUGACGGCGAUGAUGACAUAGAUAUUGAUGAUAUGGACGAUGACAUAUAAUGAAAAGGAACAUUUAUAAACAUUCUAAGAUAUUCUAUUAGUGGAUAAUGUCGUUUCUAUUAUUCAAUUAGCAUUCCAUUUAUUAUUCUGUAUUAACUCCGUUCUUUCAAUAUCGUCAAAUCAAUUCGUUAAAAUAGUCUAUCCUUGAUCAGCAAGAAAUUAAGUAAAUAAUAAUUAUGUGUCCUUAUUUCUGAGGAGAUACACAGUUUUGGAAAACUGAGUUGCGGAAUACAGAUACUAAAUGCAGCUUUUAAAAGCCAGCACAACCUAAACUUGGCCUAAAUUUUCGUCAAUAGUUGACUUUCCCUCAAUUCUAGUCGCUAAGAAAAACUACAUCUUGCUUUUUGGUAUAGACCUCUCUCUUUCUAUAGACGCCUUACAAGAUUGAGUAAAGCAUUGUUCUUUUCUGUAGUCACAUUUAUGUCAAUUAGAACCACGUUAAGUUUAACUGGAAGACGUUAAGUAUAUCUAAUUGUAUCUCAAACAGCUAUGAAUCAGUUUCUUAUCAUGUAUCAAUUGUUGAAAUAUAAGAAAUGGAAGAUUUGAAUGACGCUAAAUUCUCUUUGUAAACAGAACCUUUAGCUGGAACUGUUAAUUAAUAAAAGUCAAGUUAAUGGUCAGAAGAAAAGCAAAAAUAA